AUACCCUACAUUUCAAGAUAUGAUAUAAAUUACGACAUCACCAUCAUCAUUCGAGUCUCCACUCGAUCACCAUGAUUCAGUUCCUACUGGUGAGUGGGCUCCUAACCCUUUCUCACAGUUCCACACCAAAACAACCCAAUAUUGUGUUUAUUGUGGCUGAUGACAUGGGAUAUCAGGACGUAGGAUUCAGAGGAUCAAACAUUCGUACUCCCAACAUAGACAGACUGGCCAGGGAGGGUGUGAUUCUUGAGCACCACUACGUCAUGGCAGUGUGUGCUCCAACUCGUGCUUCUCUCAUGACCGGUAGGUACCCAAUUAGAACUGGCUUCUGGAAGGGUAACCUCAAUAUUGUAGAGGAGUUUGGGCUGGGUCUAGACGAGACUUUACUGCCCGAGAUGUUGAAGAGGAAUGGGUAUGCUACCCACGGUGUAGGUAAGUGGCACUGUGGCUCCUACUCUUGGGACCAUACCCCAGCCAAACGAGGAUUUGAUACGUUCUUUGGCUUGUUUUUGGGAGGUCAGGACUAUUUCACGCACAGAGACGCAGUGGAAGGUUUGUUAUUAGACUUGAGAUACGAUUAUCAUGAUCAAAGCGGAACAUUUGUGGAUGAUGUUAGAGGUGAUUUGGAUGGACGUUAUAACACCUAUCUAUUUACAAAUGAAUCACUAGAAUUGAUCUCCAACCACGACAAAAUUCAGCCCCUGUUUCUAUAUUUAGCUUACACAGCGCCCCAUAUGCCAGACGGAGCCCCAGCGGAAGACAUAAAAAGAUACACCUCAGAUUCGAUGAAAGAAUCCAGAAAAACCUACGCAUCUAUGGUCUCCAUUAUGGAUGAUGGAAUAGGCAAGAUUGCCGAUGCUCUUAAAGAUCAGGGAAUGAUGGAUAACACCAUUUUAAUAUUCACAUCUGAUAACGGAGCAAGAUAUACAAGCCAGGGUAGUAAUUACCCUCUCAGAGGAGGCAAAGGUAGUUUCCUUGAAGGAGGAGUUAGGGGGGUAACCUUUGUAAACAGCCCACUUCUACAAAAGACUGGAUACACAAAUACCAAUCUGCAUCAUGUGACCGACUGGUAUGCAACAUUCCAAAGGCUAGCUCAUGAUAAUGCACAGAAACACGACAAAAUCCAACUACCCAUCGACGGAGUGGACAUUUGGAGAUCAAUUAAUGACAAUAAACCAUGCAGAGACGAGAUUCUUUUGAAUCUUAGAGAUUCAUCCAAGUAUUUGGGAACUCAAGGCCCUGUUGCGAAAUGGGAAAUAUGUGAUAAUUGCUUCGAGCUUAUGGGUGGUCCUCCGAUAAAUGCAAAAGAGUUCUUUGUCCUGCGAUGGAACAACUGGAAGCUCCUCGCUGGCCCCGCAUUUGAAUUACAAGGCUGGAGCUCAAAAAACAAACAGGAUGACUUUCUCAGCUUUAAAGACGAUCAGGGGAACAGCUUCAUAAGAUCCCUUGCAUCAGGAACAAUACUGUUUGACUUAUCUACUGAUGUCCGGGAGGAGACAAAUGUUGCUGACCAGUAUCCAGAUAUAGUGGAGAAGCUUCUUAAAAAGAAACAAGGUUAUUUAAAUAAAAUGAAAUCCAUCGGACAUAGCAAGUUUGCAUAUGAUAUUUCAAUGGUAGAUGACGUUUACAGACCUUGGGUCGAGGAUGUUUAGAACCUGUUGCAGAAAAAAGGCACUCUUAUGCAUAGUCGUUUGCUAAAAUAAUAUGAAAGUAACGGUUGCUGAGUUAUGGGCCAUCAUAAAUUGAUUGGGCGGUCAAACGAUACUUGGAUGGGUCUAAUAAUAUCGGGAUAGUGAGCAGAUCAUCACCGUAACCAGUAACAGGUUCUUUAGAAUCAUGAAUGAAGGUUUUCGAUCACCCUGUGAUUAAAUUGCUCUGGCAAGAUACAGAUCAUCAUCUUAACCGCAGAAAAUAAUUGCACAAAACAUUAUUUCAUAAAAUCGUGUAGAUUAAAUAAUGCAUUUCUUCUUAAAUUUGCCCCUUAAUAAACACUUCUGUCGUCAAGGUUUAGGUUUGAAAUUGUUUGAAAUUGUUAAAUAUUAUUUUAUUAUAACAAAAGGUUGCACAAGAGUUAUAUUUCAUUUAUAUUCUGAAUUAUUGAAUUUGGUAUCGUGUGUGAAAAUAAAAUCAUCUUCUUGUAAGAUCCUAAAAAUACGCACUAUGUCUGCACUUAGAUUGAAUAAAUUGAGCUGAUUCUAAAAUAGGUUAUUAAAAUUUAAAUUUA